AUGCUUGGAACGAUAUCUGUUAUUUACCUAUUGAUAUUCAAUGGUUCACGUCUUAUAGAAUGUGGAGUCAACUUGAAUUUCUCGGAUUUAACUUCGCCAAACUACGUCCACAAUUUUAGUUGGAACUUUCCUGCCUUGACUGGAAUGCUCACCAUGUCCUAUUUUCUCCAUAACGCUAUUAUUACGAUGCUACGUAAUCAGAGGAAUCCAGAAAAUAAUGUACGAGAUCUCUCUAUCGGGUAUGGACUGGUGGCAUUCAGUUAUACGUUUGUAGCAUUCUCUUUCUAUGCUGCAUUUCCAUUAUCCCGAACUUGCAUAGGCGAUAAUUUGUUAAACAAUUUCCAUGCUAAUAGCCCCAUGAGCGCCGUGGCACGGGUAUUAAUUUUCUUCCAACUCUUGACGAUACUUCCUCUUAUCAUGUAUUUCAUUCGAUCACAAAUCUCCUGUGCAAUGUUCGGCGCACCAUGGCCAGGACGAGUAAGAGUACUGAUACUCAAUAGUACAAUUGUAUGCAUUGGCGUUUUGACAGCAAUAUUUUUUCCCAAUAUCGGCAGCAUAAUCAGGUAUUUCGGUGCUCUAUCAGGGCUUAUGUAUGCGUACGCCCUUCCAUGUAUGGUUGAUAUGCGAAUUGCACAUCGUACUGGAAAGCUGACUCCUCUCAAAAUCGCCAUCUGUGUUACAAUAAUGGUUUUCGGAGCAGCAAACCUAGUUGCACAGUUCUUCAUCAAAUGA